CAGAAACGCGUGAAGAGGUGGGCGUUUAUGAACGUUGUCAACCAGGAAGGCGAUACCUUUCCUUCGCUGGAAAACAUUGAUCUCACACAGCCUACACCAGAAAAGAACACCCCGGAGUACCAGCAUGACUCUGUUUCAGAACUGGUCAGUUCUGCUUGACCUGAAAAGUCUGCCUUUUAAAGAGAGGAAGAAACUCCAAUCUGCAAUCAAAGAGAAUGGCGGCUGCAUGUCGUAUGUGGUUAAUAAACAGUGCUCUCUGGUUGUCAGUAGCGACGUUGCGUCCCUGAGCUCCAGCCGGUUCCGCAGUGUGCAGAAGCUUGGCACGCCUGUUGUCGGGCCGGACUAUGUCUCCCAGUGCCUUGAACAGGGAGUCCUCCUGCCCCUUGAUAUGUACAGGCUGGAGGUACCCUCUCCCGGACCGUCCUACCCCCCUCCUCAUCGUAUUUCUCCUCCACCCUCUCCUCCUCAUUGCACUGAGAAAGAAGCCAGACCAUUGGCCGUGCAGUGUGUAGACCCGCCCCCAGUUCUCAAAGCUGUCCAUCAGGCAGAGGAGACAGGGCAGCCUGAACGAGAUGGAAGAUUUUACACAGAGAAGGAUAGUGACCUUCCGACAUAUCCAGAAGACUUUCAAGUGGCCAAGUAUUCAAUCUUUAAAAAGGUGACGGGUGACGCCUGGUGUGUGGUGGAGCUGCAGAGCGUCAGAGUGGAGGGGGUGCAACGGUACCGGGUGGUCCGCUCCAGGAUGGAGAGCCAGGCGACUGGCCGGGUGAUCCAGUGGCUGGCCUUCCCCAGGAUCUCCACGGAGGCUGUGUACACGUACCUGUCCCUGAGGGAGGAACUGCAGGCCGAGGGGCUCCAGCCCCAGCUCCUCCUCCCUGUGGACGCCCCGGAGGAGCUGGGCUCCGCAGCCCUGAGGCUGCUGUUGCUGGAGGAGAGACUGAACACAGGAAGUCUGCCACAAGAAGUGGGGGUGUUUGUGGAGCUGCUCUGGGCCGAAGCCCUUGGUUGCCUCGACAACGUCCUCAGUGUCCCGGUCACCGACCUCAGCCUCAACGACGUGAGCAGGGCGGAGGGCCACCUGCUGCAGGCCCAGAGGCUGCUGAAGGAGGGCCGCCAGGCGGACGCCUCCACUGCUCUCAUGGAGCUCUACGCCCUGCUGCCCCACCGGGAGACUGCCCCCCCUGUCCCCACCGCCCGCCACCUCUCCCUGAAACUGGACCUAUGCCAGCUGAUCCGAGACAUGCUCAACGUCAGCGAGAUGAACCUGAGGUCGCCCGUGUCCCUCAGUGUGGGGAAGUACCGCUCCCUGAGGUGUGGCAUCGAAGUGGUUCCCCCGGAAACACCAGAGUUCCGGAGGGUUGUGGCCCGGCUGUCAGACAAGAAGGUGAAAGUACUGCAGGUUCUGCGUGUCAGUCGGUGGGAGGACCAACAGAUGUUCAAGAAAGAGGUUGGCAAUAUUAAGCCCCUCCUUCAUUCCUCGGCACCAAGCAACUUUAUGGGAAUACUAUCUCGUGGUCUGCUGCUUCCAUGUGUUGGAUCAGAGGAUCAUGGAAUAGAGCGGACGGACAUCGGGAACCUCGGCAGUGGAAUCUACUUCACCGACUCCAUGCGCACCAGUCUGAAGUACUCCAAGCCCAGCGAGGCCAGCGGCUCCAGGCUGGUCCUGGUGUGUGACGUGGCUCUGGGGCGCUGCCUGGAGGUCAGGAAGAAGCACCUCCGUCUGACCCAGCCCCCCGACACCUACCACAGUCUCCAUGGGCUCCGACACACCCCCGCCAACCACUCCCAGUUUGUGGAUGACGAGUACGUGGUGUACAGCACUGGGCAGGUGAUGCUCAGGUACGUGGUCCAGUUCACUGUAGAGGAGGACCGGCUCCGAGAGUUCACCCCUUCCAUUGAGACCUCCUUAUCACCGGCUCUAUACGACACCUGCCAAGAGUUUCACCUAGAGGUGAUGGAGUUGGAGAGUAAGAAGAACCCACUGGAUGAUGUCAGGGCUGGGCUGCAGGACGCCUCGGGCCAACAGCUCCCCCUGCAGGCAGUCCAUGUGAAGUGCAAGCUGAUGGACCUGCUCGCUCGGGUGAUCAUCUUCCAGAAAUACACCAAUCAGAGCAGUGUUCCAAUCGAGGCCAAGUACGUGUUCCCAUUGGAGGAGCGCGCGGCGGUGUGUGGCUUCGAGGCCUUCAUCAACGGGAAGCACGUGGUGGGACAGGUGAAGGAGAAAGAGCAGGCCCGGAAGGAGUACAAGCAAGCCAUACAGCAAGGAGACGGAGCCUACCUCAUGGACCAGGACGCCCCGGACGUGUUCACCAUCAGCGUGGGGAACCUGCCCCCUGGGGCCACCGUCCUCAUCAAGGUCACCUUCGUCUCCGAGCUCAUCGUCAGGGAUGGCUGUGUCCUCUUCUCACUUCCUGGUAGCGUGGCGCCAUGGCAACAGAGUGCGGCACUCAACCAGACCACGCAGGCCAGUGUGGAAAAGACAUGUGUGACUAAUGAUGCCGCCAGUUCCCGUGAGUUUAGCCUGCAGAUGUCCGUAGAGAUGCCCUAUGAGAUCCUGAGGUUGCAGUGCAGCACUCACAGAGUUCAGAUCAAGACAACAGCCUGUAAGGCGGUAGUUAACGUGCUCCCAGGUGAGGUGGUGGGGGCUGACGGCUUCCAGCUGUCAAUCACUCUUUCUAAGCUCCACCUCCCCAGGAUGUGGGUGGAGAAUCAUCCCGACAAGGACAGUCAGGCCUGCAUGCUGGUGUUCUACCCAGACUUCCCGGUGGGGGUUGGGGGUGUGGACGAGGUGGUGCUCCUGCUGGAUGCCUCUGAGUCCAUGGUGGAGGACGGGGCGGUGAACGCCAGAAGGAUCGCCCUGGAGGUUCUGAAGGCUCUGCCGCCCAGCACCAGGGUCAACGUGGUGUUCUUCGGGACAGAACAAACUGAGCUCUUCAUCUCUGCCAAGCCGCUCAGCCACGUCCUCCAACCAGCCAGAAAGUUUAUCCUGGCUACGCCACCAACAGGGGGCAGCACUGAGCUGUGGCGGCCCCUUAGGGCUCUCAGCCUGCUGCCUCCCUCACCUGGGCCCAGGAACCUGCUGCUGCUGUCAGACGGCCACAUCCAGAACCCCGGCCUCUGCCUCCAGCUGCUCCGGGACAACAACCAACACACCCGCCUCUUCACCUGUGGCCUCAGCUCAACAGCCAAUCAGCACAUGUUGCGAACCCUUGCACAAGCAGGGGGCGGAGCCUAUGAAAUGUUUGACACGAAAACCGAACACAACUGGAAAGAAAAGGUGGUGUCUCAGGUGAAGCGCAUGGGCUCCCCGGGCUGCAGCUCGGUGUCUGUAAAGUGGCAGCAGUUCAACCCCACAGCGCCCCCCCCUGUCCAGGCCCCCCAGCAGAUCCACUCCCUCUUCAACGACCACCACACGCUGGUGUAUGGCUUUGUCCCGCACUGCACACAGGCCCUUCUCCAUGGGAACCUGAGUGGGAUGGAGGUGGUCACCAUGGUUUCCACCAGCGAGCUGCAGAAGACCAGGGGCACGUUCCUUCACCAACUGACGGCGAGAGCGGUCAUCAGAGACUAUGAGAACGGAACGCUGUCCAUCGGUCAAGCUGAGCACGAGGGCAAGAAGGCGGAGCUUAAGUCGUUCAUCGUUGAGCUGAGCAAAGAGUUCUCCAUCCUGUCCCAGUUCACCAGCUUUGUGGCCAUCGAAAAGAGGGAUCCACAACGUCCAGAGGAGCCACAGCUCACAGACAUCUCUAAAAUAAUUGCAGAAGAAGAUGUGGACUUCCUGUCGUACAUGGGUUGGAACGAGGCAGAGGAGGCGGAGGAGGAGGGGGGAGAAGAGGAGGACAAGGGUUUGAUCAUGGAGGAGGAGAGCGGGGAUGAAGAGGAGGACCAAGAGGAGAAUGACGUAGAGGAUGAUGAAGAGGAGGAAGAGGGGUACGGAUUGUAUGGGGUUUGUUGCGGUACAGAAUUUAUUGACGAUUCCUUCGAUUCUCCUCCAUCUUCGCCUCUUGCACUCCUCAAGCAGAGUGCUGCCCCUGCUCCUCCCCCCCCACCAGCUCCCUCUGACUUCAAAGUUUGCAUGCAAAGAGCUGCCCCUCUUUCAGCACUGGAUGACGGCGAGGAUUAUGAAGAGGAGGAAGAGGGGAACGGAUUGCUUGAGUAUUGUAGCGCUGCAGAAUAUAUUGACGAUUCCUUCUAUUCUGCUCAAUCGUCUCAUGCACUCCUCCAGCAGAGUGCUGCCCCUCAACCUCGCCCCCCACCAGCUCCCUCUGACUUAACAGAUUGCAUGCGAAGUGAUGCCCCUCCUCCCCCAAUCUUUAGCAGGGCCCAGGUCAUUGUUGCACCUACUACUGAAAGAUUUGAACUUCGCUCCUACGUCAAAUGCAGUAAGCGUGCUGCCCCAUCUCCUCCCCCCGUCUUACGCAGGGGGAGGAGAUGGGGCAGCACUGUCCCCAACGUAUGGGGGCAGAGUGGUGCACCUCCUCCUACCCAAUCACAACCUUUCACUGAAACCCUCUUAUGCAGGGUUAGUGGUGCAUCUAUUCUUACCCAAUCACAACUUUCCUCUAUAACCCCCUUUGGCAGGCAGAGUGCUCCACCUCCUCCUAUCCCAUCACAACCUUUCUCUGGAACCGACUAUGGCAGGCAGAGUGCUCCACCUCCUCCUAUCCCAUCACAACCUUUCUCUGAAACCCCCUUUGGCAGGCAGAGUGGUGCACCUCCUCCUACCCAAUCACAAUCUUUCACUGAAACCAUCAGAUACUUGUUGACUGGUGUUCCUCCUCCUAGCCAAUCACAACUUUUCUCUAGAACCCCCUUUGGCAGGCACAGUGCUCCACCUCCUCCUAUCCCAUCGCAACCUUUCUCUGAAACCCCCUUUGGUAGGCAGAGUGGUGCACCCCCUCCUACCCAAUCACAACCUUUGACUGAAACCCUCUUAUGCAGGGAGAGCGGUGCACCUCCUCCUACCCAAUCACAACCUUUGACUGAAACCCUCUUAUGCAGGGAGAGAGGUGCACCUCCUCCUACCCAAUCACAACCCUUCUCUGAAAUCCCCUUUGGCAGGCAGAGUGGUGCACCUCCUCCUACCCAAUCACAACCUUUCUCUGAAACCCCCGUUGGCUGGCAGAGUGCUCCACUUCCUCCUGACCAAUACCAACCUUUCUCUGGAACCCUCUUUGGCUGGCAGAGUGGUGCUACUCCUCCUAUCCCAACACAACCUUUCUCUGGAACCCCCUUUGGCAGGCAGAGUGGUGCUACUCCUCCUAUCCCAUCACAACCUUUCUCUGGAACCCCCUUUGGCUGGCAGAGUGCUACUCCUCUUAUCCCAUCACAACCUUUAUCUGGAUUCGUCUGUGGCAGGCAGAGUGCUCCACCUCCUCCUAUCCCAUCACAACCUUUCUCUAGCUCCUCAUUAGACCAUGGUCAGACCAUGAUGUAUGAUCUCCCACCAGGUGUUCCCUUCAGCAGCCCCUUUAGCCUGCAGCGUGACGCACCUCCUGGACUACAACCCCAGUAUUUGUCUGCCCCUCCCUCAAAAAGGGGGGGUCAACUUAGAGCAAAGGCCGCAAUGAAAGUAGGUGCUCCACCUAGGGAGGGGGGGUCUUCUGAAUUUUGCAGGAGUCUACUGCGGAGGACAAUUGAAGAUCUUGAAACCGUCGUUCCAAGAGGUGUUGAGAAUGAUGUGAAUGAUGAGAUAAUCAGAAUGGAGCCUGAAAAAUCAACCACCAAGUGGACCAACAUCUUUCAAAUGCAAUGUUCAGAGGGCUACUGGGAGUGUUCUGUUGCACUGGGAGUGCUCCUGAAGAUGGAAAUCAAAUCAUUUGCCAACGUAUUCCUGAAGAGCAAGGGCAUCUGCUCACUAGGCGUGCGGGCGCGUGCGGACAUCCUGAGGCUGCUGGCGUCCCUGCUGGUGCUCCAGCUGAUGCGGCUGGAGGGUAUGGCUGAGGGGCGGCUGCUGAGGAAUCUGUUCAGCCUGGACACGCCCCCGGAGGCCAGGUCUCUGUCCUCACCGAGCACCCCGACACUACAGGGCCCUCCACUACUGUCCACCCCAACACUACAGGGCCCUCCACUACUGUCCACCCCAACACUACAGGGCCCUCCACUACUGUCCACCCCAACACUACAGGGCCCUCCACUACUGUCCACCCCAACACUACAGGGCCCUCCACUACUGUCCACCCCAACACUACAGGGCCCUCCACUACUGUCCACCCCAACACUACAGGGCCCUCCACUACUGUCCACCCCGACAAUACAGGGCCCUCCACUACUGUCCACCCCAACACUACAGGGCCCUCCACACCGGUCCACCCCAACACUACAGGGCCCUCCACACCGGUCCACCCCAACACUACAGGGCCCUCCACUACUGUCCACCCCAUCACUACAGGGCCCUCCACUACUGUCCACCCCAACACUACAGGGCCCUCCCCUCUGGUCCACCCCAACACUACAGGGCCCUCCACUACUGUCCACCCCAACACUACAGGGCUCUCCACUACUGUCCACCCCAACACUACAGGGCCCUCCACUACUGUCCACCCCAACACUACAGGGCCCUCCCCUCUGGUCCACCCCAACACUACAGGGCCCUCCACUACUGUACACCCCAACACUACAGGGCCCUCCACUACUGUCCACCCAGACCCCAGCACCAUCGCCGGUUUCUGUGGUUGAGUUUAUUUUCCUCAAAACAACAUUGUUCAAAAUAAGUAGACAGGCAUAAACAAUACAAACAAAACAAAACGAGGGGCUCAUACAGCUACCAGGUACAUCCCCCAAAUGAAUAGAGAGGUAAGUAAAUACUUCAAACUGAAAAGAUACUCUAGAAAAUGGAUAGAAAGAAUCUUAAAGGUCCCAUAUUGUACCACCAGGUGUGAGAGUGAUAUUGCCAUUACAAGCCGUUUUGAAAAUCUGCCUCUCGUGACAUCACAUGUGGGCUAAUCACACGCACACUUGGUGGUAUAAUAUGGGACCUUCAAAAAAAUGAAAGGGAAAAUCACACAUAACAUCAUGAUGAUCGGUUGGCCGACUCCCAGCCGAGCAGUGAUGCCAGGGUCCGCGGGGGAACCUGGUUGAAGCAUACACACUCCAUACAUGCGUAUUAGAAGGUGUGUUAUUGGUGUGUGCGGGCUAAGGCUCAAUAAGAAUGAGG